AUCCGAAUGAUCGCUUCGGGAUCUACAACAAGUGCAUCAAGAUCACAGACUUCCAUACAAAAACAGCUUGACUCAUUCACUUCAUCAUCCUAUCUAUCUUUGCAAACGCCGGUUCGAGUUUCAUCAGUUACUUCCUACACUACUAUCAUUACCAUUACCUACCAAAAGCGUAAAACGAAACAAUAAACAAAAUGGUUCGCAUCGCCUUCUUCGCCCUUCUCUCCGUUGUCGCUGCCAUCCCGGCACCCCUCCAGCCCGACCCAGCUGGCGACAAGAACGUGGGCAACGGAAAGGGCAUCCAGUUCAUCGGCGGGCAGUGUCUGAGCUCGGCGGAUUGCGCGUCGACGUGCUGCGCGGGAGUGUCGGGCCAGAGCUUUGGCUUGUGCUCCGGCCUCGGCGCGCAGACCCAGGCUGGGAAGACCGGCUGCGGCUUUGGAGACAACGGGCAGACUCGGCCGCCUAACGACGGGUGCACGAACUAAACCGGGCGGCUUGAGUUUUGGUCGGCACUAAUGACAAACGGGAAUAGACAUCAGCCACUCGGCGAGGUUGGUGGGAAACGUCAUACUGCCAGGGCUGGAGUGCCGUCUUCGGAGGGAGCGCUGCGGAGAUACAAAGUAUGGGAGACGUACAUGCCUUAGGAGGUAUG